AUGCCAAACGGUGAAGUAGACGAUGGCUGUCGGGACGGAGCAGAUGAAUGUUGCAAAGACGAACUAACUGAGGGGGAUGCCUGGAAGAUGUUGCCGAAGGGUGUCUGUAGGAAGCUAGGGCACUGUCUCGCUCGUAUAAAGCUAAUGAACUUUCGCGCUCGCGUUCGGCAGACACUUGAUCUAGCAGAUUAGCGAUAAGGGCUGAAGAGUUAGGUUCGGUGACGUUAGUAUCAAUGCUGAGUGCGGCGGCACCUGUGGUAUUGUUUGAUAAUAUGGUAUUAGUUUGAUUUCCAUUGAUACUUGCAUCCGGGAAAAGUGAUGAAUUAAUCAUUGUGGAGCGUUGCGAGGCUGACGUGGAGGACGAGGACCCCGCACGUGCAUUUGAGUAUGCAGAUGGUGGAGCAGAAUUGAGGAAUGGUGAGUGCGACUGGGAGUGUAUAUGAUGAAGUUGGCUUGGCGUGAACGAGUGCGACGAGUGUCCGUGGAGUAAGCCUAUCGAUGAAUUAGGUGCAGCAUGCACAGGGCGAGGGGAAGCAGUAUUGGAAGCUGUUCCAGAGAUAGGCACAGAGUUUGUACCCGAGAACGAUCCCGCGCCUAAAUAUGAGUGGUUCCCUGACGACAAAAGUGCAGAACUUGCGUUCAUUAUUGAACCUGUCGUUGAUCCAGGUAAUGAAGAAGCAGACAAAGGUAUAGAAGUCGGAACGAGGUGUGCAGAUGCUGAUGAACCUCCAGGCAUUGGAGACGAAAACCCAGAUACCGAAAGCGGCUGCGCUGAGUUGGAGAACUUGUCAUAGUGAACUUUGAGGGGACGCCCAUUGAAUUC